GUAGUCGCUGGUAGCCGAGAUUUCGGAUGGACUGUGCUGGUUAAUUUCCAUAGGAAAACAAACGUUGAUGAUAGCAGUCAAAUGGUCUACAUUUUAGAUGUGUUUAUGGGAUUCAAAAGUGAUAGCAUCGAUGAAAACCACAGUUUAGCUCAGCUACAACCAAUUGCCGAAGGAGCGUACGCAACCUGGGAUGUUGUUUCGAUCGCGCUAGACUGUGUAGAUGAAAUCAGCGCAGUCCGAUUGAAGCUGCCUCGUAAACUUGACUCUAAUACGAAAGGCAUUAUAGAACAGAUGAUCAAGAGUGUCAAACAAAGGUUCGCCAAAAUUCCACUUCUGCACCCUGUGAAUGAUAUGCGGAUUAGUGAACCAGCUUUUGUCCACGCUGUAGAAAAGGUUUCUGAGUUGGAACAAAGAAGUUUGUGUGCCAUUUGUCGAAUCUGCGCCUGA